AGCUCAGACAGUCGUGCCAUGUCCUUCCAGACCACCGUCUGCCUGUCCCUGGACACUCCUGCCCGUGCCGUCUGUGUCCUGGGAGUGGAGAUCAGCUUGGACCUCAGUGGGUGUGCCCCCAAGAACUGUGAAUCCUUCACCAUCCAAGCCUCUCCGAGGGUCUGCAUGGAUGUCUCUGGCACGGUCAUCACCGGGAGGGACACCGAAGUCUGGCGGCCCCUGUCCAAUCCCAUGAACGCGCUGGUGAGGAUGGUCUCACCUAGCCCUGCCGUGGAUGAGGACAAGGUGCUGGUGUCUUACUACUGCCCCAGGGAGGAGGUCCCCACGGCCUCAGCUGUGCUGUACCUCACCGGCAUUGAGGUCUCUCUGGAGGCGGACAUCUACCGUGAUGGUCAACUCGCGAUGCCAAGUGACAAACAAGCUAAGAAAAAAUGGGUGUGGGGCCCCAGCGGCUGGGGAGCCAUCCUGCUGGCAAAUUGCAGCCCCAUUGAGCCAAGCCAGCUCAUUGACGGGGACAGCAACAAGGUGCUCUUCUCUGAAGAAAUAAAGAAUCUGUCCCGGCUGACUCUGACCGUCCAAGGCCCCUGCUGCAUCUUGAAAAACUACCGGCUGAUCCUCCACACCUCUGAGGACGAGGCGAGGAAGGCAAGGGUCUACUGGCCCCGGGAAGAUACCUUUUGUACUUUUGAGCUGGUGCUGGGGCCUGGCCAGCGCUCAUAUACCCUGGCUCCAGCUGAGAACCACAGGAAAGAGACCUUCUAUGUGGAGGCUACAGAGUUCCCAUCUGCCAGCUUUUCAGGCCUGAUUUCUUUCUCUGUCUCCCUGGUGGAAGAGUCUCAAGAUCCGUUAACACCAGAGACCCCGAUAUACAAAGACAUGGUGUUCCGGGUAGCUCCUUGUAUCUUCACCCCCAGCACCCAGAUGCCUCUAGAGGUAUACCUGUGCAGAGAGCUCCAGCUACAGGGUUUUGUGAACACGGUGAUGGAGCUGAGUGAAAAGAAUAACGUUCAGGUGGCAUCUGUCUACGAGGACCCCAACCGCCUGGGCAGGUGGCUCCAGGAUGAGAUGGCCUUCUGCUACAGCCAGGCCCCCCACAAGACGGUUUCCUUGCUUCUCGACACCCCUCGGGCUGCCAUGCUGGAAGACUUCCCCAUGAAAUACUCACUGAGCCCUGGUGUUGGCUAUGUGACCCGACGUACUGAGGACCAUCGGGUAGCCAGCUUGGACUCCAUUGGGAACCUGAUGGUGUCCCCACCUGUCAAGGUCCAGGAGAAAGAAUACCCCCUAGGCAGGGUCCUCAUUGGCAGCAGCUUUUACCCCAGUGCAGACAGUCGGACCAUGAGCAAGAGCCUGCUCGACUUCCUCUGCGCCCAGCAGGUCCAGGCACCUGUGGAGCUCUUUUCGGACUGGUUAAUGACUGGCCACGUGGACGAGUUCAUGUGCUUCGUCUCAGUAGAUGACAAGAGUGAGAAUGAAAAAGGCUUCCGGCUGCUCCUGGCCAGCCCUAGUGCCUGCUAUGAGUUGUUCCAAGAGAAGCAGAAGGAGGGCUAUGGGGACGCAACUCUGUUUGAAGAGGUCCGAGCAGACCAGCUCCUUUCCAAUGGACGGGAGGCCGGAACCAUCAACCAACUUCUAGCUGACAAAAGCUUGAGAAAGCAGAACGACUAUGUGGAGAAGUGCAUCUGCCUGAACCGUGCCAUCCUGAAGAAGGAGCUGGGCCUGGUGGAGAAGGACAUCAUAGAUCUUCCCCAGCUCUUCUGCCUGGAGCAGCUGACGAACAUCCCCUCCGACCAGAAGACCCCAAAACUCUUCGCACGGCCUUAUUUUCCUGAUGUGCUGCGGAUGAUUGUGAUGGGCAACAAUCUGGGGAUCCCUAAGCCCUUUGGGCCCCAAAUCAAGGGUACUUGCUGCCUAGAAGAAAAGAUCUGUCACUUGUUGGAGCCCCUGGGCCUGCAGUGCACUUUCAUUGAUGACUUCGACUGCUACCUGACUGACAUCGGAGACUUCUGCGCCUGUGCCAACAUCCGCCGGGUGCCCUUUGCCUUCAAGUGGUGGAAGAUGAUGCCUUAG